AUGGCUUCCGCUUGGGCUUCUUCUUCUGCCAUUGCAGCCGUUGCCAUAUCUUCUCCCAGGCAAGUUCUCAAAGCAGUGCUACAUGCAAACUUUAAUAAUAUAAUAUUAGGCUCCCAGAAGGCUGGGUCUACUUUGGCAGCAACAAGGGCUUCUUUCUUUGGUGGGAGGAAGCUCAGAGUGAGGAACUUGACAGCGUCCUCUGGAUCAUCAACAUCUUUCACAGUACGUGCUGCUGCAGCUGACCCUGAUAGACCCUUGUGGUUCCCAGGCAGCACUCCUCCUCCAUGGCUCGAUGGAAGCCUCCCAGGAGACUUUGGCUUUGAUCCCCUUGGUCUUUCAUCUGACCCUGACAGCUUGAGAUGGAACCAGCAAGCAGAACUUGUACACUGCAGAUGGGCUAUGUUAGGUGCAGCUGGCAUCUUCAUCCCAGAAUUCUUGACCAAAAUUGGCAUUCUAAACACCCCUUCAUGGUACACAGCCGGAGAACUAGAGUACUUCACAGACAAAACCACUCUGUUUGUUGUUGAGCUGAUUUUGAUUGGGUGGGCCGAGGGCAGGAGGUGGGCCGACAUCCUCAAGCCCGGGUCUGUUAACACCGACCCGAUCUUCCCCAACAACAAGCUCACCGGGACGGAUGUUGGGUACCCAGGCGGGCUUUGGUUCGACCCACUUGGAUGGGGAAGUGGUUCACCUGAAAAGAUCAAGGAGCUGAGGACAAAGGAGAUUAAGAAUGGGAGGCUGGCUAUGUUGGCUGUGAUGGGGGCUUGGUUCCAACACAUUUACACUGGCACUGGCCCAAUUGACAACCUCUUUGCUCACCUUGCUGAUCCUGGCCAUGCCACCAUCUUUGCUGCUUUUACUCCCAAGUGA